AAAGAUGGGUUCUUUAAAAAACCCUUAAUUUUAACCAGCAUAAUUUCUUUACUGGCAAUAGCAAAAAGGCAGUAAUAGUAAUAAACCAUCAGCGUUAUUUUUCAAGUGUCUUUUUUAACAAGGGUUAAUCAACAGUAAAAUUAACAGGCCCCUGGAGGGAGCUACCAGCAGCCCGUUCUGACUCACAGACUGAAAUUUAUUGCAGCAAGAAACUCAUUUGCAUUUCCUCGCGCAUGCAGAAAGACACACUAACAGAAGAUGUUUGUAGGGAAAAGGGGUGGAGAGCAGGGAGGAACACAGGCCAGUGAAGUUGGUUUGGUUAUAAAGAGCUAGGGAGGAAAGAGAGGCAGCAUUUCAGCCCGCAUCUGGGUCUUCAGCGGACUCUGCGAUGGCAGUCAGAAAAGCUGAGUCACUGCAUUACUCCAUAGGGCUCUUGGGCAUUUCCGCAGGAUCACUCUUGCUGGCAGUGCAUUUCUACAGUUUACCCAGAGCAGCCCCCGUGAUCCCCAGCACAGCUUUAGGAAUCCUUCUGUUGAUUUUAUCAUCGCUUUUGGCGUAUGCAGGAAUUCGGAGAAGCCAAAGAGAUGCGUCCCUGUUCUUGUCCCUCUGCCUGACCAUCUCAGUGUUCUGGUGCGGCUACGGAGUGGUCUUCAUCCUGGAAGGGCAAGGAGUUUUGAACGACACCGGUGAUUUCCGCAAUGCCUUGGUGCCUGGCCUGGUCACGUUUACUUUGGCACUGCUCAUUAUCGCAGUGGUGGGCUUCCUUAGCAGAGAGGCCGUCCUAGCUCUGAUUGCUUCUGCCAUCUCGCUCGCCAGUGCUCAUGAAGUCGCCGUGCACUAUAGCACGUCUUUUGGUUCCUCUGCUGUGGCUUGCAAUUAUAUGAUUGUCUGCUUGGUUGGUGGCUAUUUUGCUCUGGGAAGGAUUGUUUAUUUCCUCUCCAAAGAGAAAAUUACCCUCCCCGGCACAGAUCUGGCCAAGAAUAAGGCCUAUGAGCAGAUCCAGCCCACCAGUGGUAGCAUGAAUCAUUUUGCGGUUUUCGGUGUCAUCCUGAACAUGCUGUCUGCCAGUGUCUUUGGCUGCAGGCUCCUGGGCGUCACUAGCAAACUUUUUAUCGGACAAGUGCCCUGGCUGUGGGCAGCUGGGGUCUACCAGAUUGGAGUCUGCGUUUUGUCGUACCGUGCAAUGGAUAUACUAAUGGCUACCUUCUUCGGUUUCACUUCCAUCCUGAAAUUAGCAGGAGGCUAUUGCCUUCUAUACCCAGUCUGGCAAACAGAGGAACCAUCCUUCCCGACCCCAUUCCUCGUGGUUUUUUCAAUCCUUUUUGCUGUCUUGGCUCCUUUUCUCACUCUUAAGAGCCUGGUGGAUGGCCUGUAUUUGCUGUUUUAUGUGGCCUACUGCAUUGCGUUAGCUUGCCGUCCCAAGGGAUUUUUCGAAGGUGGACCCCAAGGUGUGGAUGUGGCCAUCUUUGUGGCCUCAGCCUUGAUGGCUCUGAUUCACCUGUACAAUGUGAAAGCAGGCACCAAAAUCCCGGUUGGGCAGGGUGUUGUGAAGGCCCUGCUUGCUCGCAGCAGUUUCCUGAAGCUUCGUGAAGGGGCAGACCUUCACACUCCCUACCUAGGGUACUCCAAGUACGCCGAUGCAGAAGUACUUGGCUAUGCGUGCAGCGUCCUUGCUUCUUUUGCUAUAACAAUGACAGGGGACCCACAGGCUCCGCUCGCUACUGUUGUAAUCCCGUGGGUGGUGGUAGCUGGUGGGAUCCUUAAGUUUCUAGGUGGCUCAGUGGCCUUUGCCCGGGGUAAAACCCUGGAGAGCAGUGCCUUCAUUCUCUAUGCUGUCAUGUGGAUCAUCUGGGGCUUGGCAAGAUAUGGUGGCCUCUACGGCAUGACCAGAAGCUUCCACACAGCAGUAGGCAUCGUUGCUUUCAUGCUUUUCAACGGCUUCAUUGUCUUCUGCACGCUCUUCUUAAACAUCGCCUGGUUCUUUUACUCCCUCACUUUCUUGCUCAUUGCUGUCAGCUUCCUGCUGGAUGCUGUUGGUGCUCUUCCAGUUGGCUAUGACAUUGCUGCUACUGUCAUCUUUGGUCUGGUCAGCUUUUACUGCUUCCUGUCUGCGCUUUUCAACAGCAUCUUUGAGGGCUCCUGCUUGCCGAUGGGUAGGCCCCUUGUGCAGCUCAGUGGUGUGGGGGGAGGAAUGACCAAGUGCCUUCACCUGCCUGCCAGGAAAGCUUCCUCACUCAAGAGAAUUGCAGAUAUCCUGAAGAACGGAGGGACUUGUGGCAUCCCCACAGAUACUGUAUAUGUGCUCGUGGCAGCCUGUAAUCGGCCUGAUGCUGUGGAGAAAGCUCACCGCUCCAAGCGCCAGGCUCAGGAGCGCCCCAUGUCACUCUGGAUUUCUAGCCUGAAGCAACUGGAACCUGCAAAGCACUUGUUCAGCCCCCUCCUCUGGGACUUCAUGGAAGCUGCCUGGCCAUCUCCAAUUAGCUUGGUGGUUCCCAGAGGUGCAUGGGUGGACUUCCUGGGGAUGAAGGACUCUGCUAAAUACGUCGGUACCCCUCAGAGCAUUGCCGUCCGCAUCCCUGAUUGCUCCGUCACCACACACCUCAUCGACCUGGUUGGCCCCAUUGUGGUCACGUCAGCUAACCCAACAGGAGAGGCAGACACAACACACCACAACCAAGUGUACGCCAAGCUGGGAGAUAAGGUGGAUGCAGUUCUUUGCGAUGGUCCUUCUCCAGAGAAUAUUGCCUCUACUGUUGUGGACUGUACCAAAAUUGACAGUGGAAAUAUAGGAUUCUUCAGAGUUGGUAUCAUCCCCAAGUCUCAGGUGCUGCAGAUACUGGAGCAGGUGCAGAAGAAACACUCUCCGGUUCCUGGCAGUGGUACCGGGACCCCAAAAGGCCAGGAAGAACACCCAAACCACAGCCAUGCCGUACGAAAUGGGGUGGGCACGGCUGCCCCAGCAGCCAGAGCCCCGGUGCACUCCGCUGAUAGGCACCACACUCGUCUCUGACUCCGUGCAGUCAGCGUGAGGGUGGAAUUACCAUUUUGAUGACUCCAAUUGUAUCUCCUUGGAAGUGCUGGAGCAUUAUGGAAGAUCCUCCCUUCUCGUUUUAUCUUCUGCAGAGUAUGGAUUUCAGAAGAAUCGUAUGCACUGCGUUUGAAGAUGCUAGAAGCUGGUCUGUUGCCUUUUAGCAUAACUGAACAUACUUCACAGUACAUUUCCUCCAGAGUGCAGACUUUGUACAAGAGUGGUAACUGACCUGGAGGAAGUAACAAGAAGUUUCAAACCAACAUGAAGAGUUUUCUUUGGCAAAAUCUGCCUGGCCAUGCAGUUAGUGGCUUGUUUACCCUCUGAAAACUGUUGAUAUUACUCUUACCUGACUCAGGUGCAAGGUGCUGAUCAAACUGCAGCUGAAACCAAUGAAUAAUCUUAUUGAUUUCACCUGAAGUGCUAUUGGACUUGAGCAUAAAUGCUGUGCAGUCAGAGAAGCUAAACCUCUGUGAACUGUGGCAAAACCAUGCCUUCUCAGCUUGUUCUUUACAGAACUGGCUCUCUUCCUGCAGAGAAAGAAAAUGUCAGAUAAUUGAGUUUGUGAACUCAUUUUGCCAGUCCACUUACUGUAUCUCUUUGGUGUUUAUUAAAACUGACUUAGAGAAAUCAAUAAAAUAUUUUCAAUAAACUGUCA